GGCUGGCAGUUUGGUUUCGAACACGAAAGCGUAGCGUCACACAAUAUGUUGUUGAAGGAACGUUUAGGGAGCAAAUCGACAGCGAGUCUCAUCUUUGCUAGCUUCGCGCUGUGUCUGCUGCUCCACAUGACGGAGGUGAGUGGCUAUCGCGCCCUGAUUCCCGUCGAUCCAGCGAAUCCCGGCAAAUGCGUUUAUCGCAGCGAAGUGCUGCAGCUGGGCGUCAACAAUGGCAUCCCGCCCUGCCAGCGUUUGACGUGCCACGAGGAUGGCUCCAUACUUAUCGAGGGUUGCGGUAAAUUGCGCAUCGAUAAAUGCAAUCACGGGGAGCGCAUCAAUCCCACGAAACCGUUCCCGGAAUGCUGCCAGCUGAGAUAUAAGUGCAAGCAGGACAACGGAAUUCCCUACUACAUCGAGAGAGACGCCGCCGAGGGAGCGUAGAAUAAGAAGCUGGAAGAUGGAAGCUGGAGAGAAACACUCGAAAAGAGAUGCCAGUUGGAUUAAGCGUCCACAGUCUAUGCUUAUUUAUUUUGUACAUUUUCAUUUUGUAAACUCUUUAAUUCGUUUUCUCGUUUUUUUUUUUGUCAUUUUUAAUAACAACCAUUUAAUACUCUGUCUCCAGAGUGGUUAACACAA